CAGAGGUUAGGAUUGUCCCACCCAUCUGAUUUUGGGACCGUGAUUCAUCAGCAGCGUGCUCCACAAUUUAGUCAGUUUAGUUUGAGUUGAUGCAUGCCGUGUAUACAAAUUAAUGAGCACCUGUGUAUCAAGCAUCAUACACCACCAGAGUAUCAAAUAACCCCUUAUGAUUCCUCUCAGUAUUGGCCCCCACGUCCAUCCAAACACAAUCGUGCUGACCAAACACCCCCAAAAAAAAUUCAAAAUACAUUAUAUAAGUAGUCUCAAAGACUCCCUCCAUUUCAUCCAUCUCUUCUAUUCAAUCAAAUCCCAAUUCAAAUCUCUUCUACAUCAAAACAUGACAACCCAAAAUCUCUUUUUUCUCUCCACAUUCCUCUUGUUGGUGUUAGCCAUCAUUCCUUUUGAAACCACACAAGCCACACAUGAAGUGGGCAAGGUGGUUGAGCCAGUGGUGGAAGGCAUGGUCUACUGCCAGAGCUGCAAUCACAUUGGAUCAUGGUCAUUGACGGACGCCCAGCCGAUCCCGUCCGCUAAAGUCAGUGUUGUAUGCAAGGACUACAAGGGCCGAGUGAGCUUCUACAAGGUGUUCACCGCCGAUCAGAACGGUUACUUCUACGGCCAGCUCCAAGGCUACAAAGUUCAGAAUUACUACCUGGACCACCCCCUUCAAUCGUGCACCGUACAUUUAGUGUCCUCCCCCAAUCCCAAGUGCAAUCUUGUGUCCAACAUCAAUUACGGGCUCGAUGGUGCCCCGCUUCGAUACGAUCACAAGACGUUAUCAGGGGAGAAUUAUGAGGCGGUGAUCUACGGAGCUGGGCCGUUGGCUUUCCGUCCCAGUUACUGCGUUCCCGUGUCCCACUAAUGAUCAUAGAUGCUUGAAGCUCAGCCAGAUUGCGUUUACUAUGUUCUGACUAUUUGUUGUGUCUUGUUUGAAUAAAUCAGUCCGUCA